UAUUGCAGAGUUUCACCAGUUAAUGGUUUAAUCUGAUUUUUUUUAGGAGAGAGAGAGAGAGUCAGAGACAGCAUUGAGGGAAGGGGGAAGGCCAUGGCGGACUUGGAAAACUUGCUUCUGGAGGCAGCAGGAAGAACAACCGGAGCCUCGAGAAACCGGCAUAUAAUUCCACCAUCUAAAAGGAUUCAUGUUGACGAUGGAAGUGAUUCCAUGGAUGAAGAAGACUCAGAUAUUGAUCAUGAUUAUAAAAGCAACAAGUAUGCGUCUGAAGCUUCUUUGAAGAAAAGGAAGGAACCUUCUGAAAGGGAAGAUUAUGAAGGCAGCGAGAAAGGCGAUGGCGAGUUUAGUUCAGAUGAAGGUGAAGAGUCAGAUGUUGGGAGUGAUCUUUACAGGAAUGAGGAGGACAAGGAAAGACUUGCAGAGAUGACUGAGCUUGAACGAGAGAUGAUUUUGUCUGAGCGAGCAAUAAAGAAAGAUGACAAAAGUUUAAAGAAGAAGUUGAGAUUGAAGUUACACAAUGCAAGGUCAAUGCCAUCCAAGAAAGAUACGUUGCCUCCUUCAUUAUCACACAGCUCACGUUCGUCUGCAAGAACUGCCGAUAGGACGGCUGCAAUGGAUGGUGCUUUGAAUCAGUUGCGAGUGAAACGUCUGAAACAACAGGAUUCAAAGGCUCAUGGUGCAUUGAGAGGAAGCUCAAUAACAAUUAAGAAAAAAUCCCCCAUUUCAGCGAGUCUGAGCAGCUCCAGUGAUGGGGAGAACCUCAGCAGGUCUGAUAGUGAAGAUGAGGCAUCAAUUGAAGAUGAAAAAAUGGUUGACAGUGAUGAUGAGGGGGGAUUUCCUGGAUCAGAGCCACCAUCAUAUAGUGAUAUAAAGGGCAUUACCAUCCAAAGGUCUAAGCUAGCAAAGUGGCUUAUGGAACCUUUCUUUGAGGAUUUGAUUGUUGGUUGCUUUGUGAGGGUUGGGAUUGGGAAGUCUACGAGUGGGCCUGUCUACAGGCUUUGCAUGGUCCAGAAUGUUGAUUCAUCAGACAAUAACCCGCAGUACAAGCUAGAGGGAAAAAUUACACACAAAUAUUUGGUUUGUUUUUGGGGCAAUGAAAAUUCUGCCACCAAAUGGCAGAUGGCAAUGAUUUCGGACUCUGCUCCAAGCGAAGAGGAGUUUGAGCACUGGGCUAGAGAGGUAAAACGCAGUGGAAGACGGAUGCUGCAAAAACGAGAUGUGUUAGAAAAGAGGGACACCAUACAGAAUGCCCACUCUUUUGUCUACUCAGCAAGCACUGUGAGGCAAAUGUUGCAGGAGAAAAAGCAUGCCUCAACAAGGCCUUUAAAUGUUGCAGUUGAAAAGGAUCGCCUGAGGACGCAGUUGGAAGUUGCUGAAAGUAAAUCUGAUUGGGUGGAAGCUGAGAAGAUCAAGACCAGGCUCCAAGAACUAGAAGCAUCAAGGCAAGCUGGAGUUAAAGAUGUCAAAGCUAUUAGACUAUCUGAGAUGAACAAGAAAAACAGGGCCGAAAAUUUCAAAAAUGCCUCGGAAUUGAGACCAGCAGGUAUGAGUUUGAAAGCUGGGGAUGCUGGAUAUGACCCCUUUUCAAGGAGAUGGACCAGAUCAAGAAAUUACUACGUUGGGAAGGCUGGUCAAGAGGACGAAUCAAAUGAUGCUGUGGAGGAAGUAACUAACAUACGCAGCAAAGUGACAAAAGAAAUUGGCAUUGAAGCUACAACAGCAGCAUUAGAAGCUGCUGCUGAUGCUGGAAAAUUGGUCGAUACUAGUGCUCCCAUUGAUCAAGGGACAAACUCAAACAUGCUGCACAACUUUGAUCUGUCAAUAUCCUUGACCAUGCUUCAGAAGUUCGGCGGACCUCAGGGUGCUCAGCUUGGAUACUUAGCAAGAAAGCAGAAGGUAGAAGCAACGGUUGGAUGCAGAAUCCCAGAGAAUGAUGGUAAGGGGCAUGCUCUAACAUUGACAGUCAGUGACUACAAGAUAAGACGAGGGCUCCUCUGAACAUUGAUGCUUUGGCCAAGUAUCUCUCGGUAAUAGUUUUGGUUUUGAAAAAAUUACGGUUGUCACAGGAAAAGAUGGAGGAAAAAAAAACUUUGGCCCAAAGUGUCAUUUUACUUUUUCUUGGAACAGUUUUACAUUCCAAAAAAUCAGUAUAGCUAGCAAGCACCAUAUUUUCACAACAGUGAUGCUUUAAGUAUUUACAUGAAAUAGUAGUAAUAACAGGGCUAUAUUAUUGAUUGACAAUCAA